GGCUGGAGAGGGAGGAAGAGAGAAGCUAGUCUGAUACCAUGCUAGAGGAUAAUUUCAGUGUAUUCCUCCAAAUUCUAGAAGAGUGGGUAAUAUAGUAGUUAUACAUAAAUCUCUAGAUGAGCCUCACACAUGAGCCAUAUGGGCUGUACACAUAUACACCAACAGAGAUGGCGACAAGGAGGUUGUGGUGAAGCUGUUGCUGGACCAACAAGAUCAGCAGGAUGUGCAAGUGUUGCCCGUCAUUGGGAUGGGGGGUGUGGGCAACACCACGCUAGCCAAGAUGGUGUACAACAACCACAUAAUUCAGAAGCAUUUCGAGUUGAAGAUGUGGCACUGUGUAUCGGAAAAUUUUGAAGCUAUUCCUCUUGUGAGAUCUAUAAUUGAGUUAGCUACAAAUAGCAGAUGUGAUCUGCCUGACACCAUUGAGCUGCUGCAACGGCGACUGCAGGAAGCUAUUGGCCGUAAAAGGUUCCUACUCAUUCUUGAUGAUGUAUGGAAUGAAGACCAACACAAGUGGGAGGAUGACCUGAAGCCACUACUCUGCUCUUCCAUUGGUGGAUCAGGAAGCAUGAUAGUUGUCACAAGUCGAAGUAGACAAGUGGCAUCGAUAAUGGGCACCUUUCCACCCCAUGAGUUAGUGUGCCUGAGUGAAGAUGAUUCAUGGGAACUAUUCUCGAAAAAAGCAUUUAGUAAUGGAGUACAAGAGCAAGCAGAGUUAGCAAUGAUUGGCAGACGAAUCGUUAACAAGUGCAAGGGACUGCCUCUUGCACUGAAGACAAUGGGUGGCUUGAUGAGUUCGAAGAAACAAGUCCAGGAAUGGGAGGCCAUUGCAGAUAGCAAUUUUAGUGAUACCACUCAAGGCAAAGAUGAAGUAUUGCCCAUGCUCAAACUGAGCUACAAACAAUUAUCAUCUGAAAUGAAGCAAUGCUUUGCCUUCUGCGCAGUUUUCCCCAAGGACUAUGAGAUGGAGAAGGACAUGUUGAUCCAACUGUGGAUGGCAAACGGCUAUAUUCAUGAAGAGGGAAAAUAUGGAUUUGGCAGAGAAAGGUGAACUUGUUUUCAAUGAGUUGGCUCAGAGGUCCUUUCUUCAAGAUGUAAAUGUGAAACAGAUUUUUGGCCAUGGAUAUUAUACUGCAAUUGGAUGUAAAAUGCAUGAUCUAAUGCAUGACCUAGCAAAAGAUGUCACAGAUGAAUGUGCAUUUGCAACAGAGUUUAUUGGUAAAAAAAUGUCGAUGAAAGAUGGAAUACGUCA